GAUUACGAUGUUUUGUUUUGAUUAAUAAAUAUAGAAUAAGAAAAUAGCAUUUCUGAUUACUGGUAAUGACUAAAUUAGACUCGCACCUUUGACUCAAUACUUGAUUGGUGUAUUAUAAUUCUGAUGCCUUCGUUUCUGUUUAAUCAGUUUGUUUUAUAUUACUUGGAUUUAGUAGGACUUUGACACUGGGUGCUCGCUAAGCGUACCAGUAAAGUUUACUUGCUACUUGAUUGCAUAAAACUCAACAGUUAUUACCGCGAAGUCAGCGAAGAAGAAUCCUGCUCUGCACUUGUCUGUCAAAAAGCAUAUCAAAUUUUUAAUAUAUUUAAUUUUAUUCCUUGGGAUAUUGAACUAACGGAAAAUGUCGCUAGAUCAGGAAUUUGAACAAGCUGCUGAAGAUGUUAAAUCUUUAACCAAACGACCAUCAGACGAUGAGUUGUUAGAAUUGUACGCACUUUUUAAGCAGGCUACGGUUGGUGACGUUAAUACUGGUCGUCCAGGAAUGCUCGACUUGAAAGGCAAAGCUAAAUGGGAUCGAUGGAAUGGUAAAAAAGGAAUUUCAAAGGAUGAAGCUAAAAAAUCAUACAUCGCUUAUGUAAUGGGAUUGCUCGCAACAUAUAAAUAAAUUAUUUUACUUUUACUUUA